AUGGCUAAGGCUGCCCUGGAGGCUGUAUCGGGGAUGAAUGUGUUUGGUCUGACUCUGCAGGGUUCGGGUGGGUUUGUGUAUGUCGAUCCAGACGCCCUUAACCGUAACCGAGCCAUCUUCACAUCCAUGCUUCCGCGGGAGAGUGCAAUUCAG